GGGCCCUGGGAGGCGGCGGCGGCGGCGGAGGCUUCGGGCCCCGGGCCGGGAAGAUGAUUGAGGAAAGUGGGAACAAGCGGAAGACCAUGGCAGAGAAGAGGCAGUUGUUCAUAGAAAUGCGUGCUCAGAAUUUUGAUGUCAUUCGGCUAUCCACAUACAGAACAGCUUGCAAACUUCGCUUUGUGCAGAAACGAUGCAACCUCCACCUCGUUGAUAUCUGGAACAUGAUUGAAGCCUUCCGAGACAAUGGCCUUAAUACACUGGACCACACCAUGGAGAUCAGCGUGUCCCGCCUCGAAACAGUCAUCUCAUCCAUCUAUUACCAGCUCAACAAGCGCCUGCCUUCAACUCAUCAGAUCAGUGUGGAUCAGUCCAUCAGCCUCCUUCUCAACUUCAUGAUGGCUGCAUACGACAGUGAGGGCCGAGGCAAGCUGACGGUGUUUUCCGUUAAAGCUAUGCUAGCGACCAUGUGUGGUGGGAAAAUGCUGGACAAAUUGAGAUAUAUUUUCUCCCAGAUGUCAGAUUCCAAUGGUUUGCUGGUCUUUAGCAAGUUUGACCAGUUUCUGAAGGAAGUUCUGAAGCUCCCAACAGCUGUCUUUGAGGGACCUUCCUUUGGCUACACGGAACACUCGGUCCGCACCUGUUUCCCUCAGCAGAAGAAGAUCAUGCUAAACAUGUUUUUGGACACAAUGAUGGCUGACCCUCCUCCCCAGUGCCUUGUCUGGCUGCCUCUCAUGCACCGGCUUGCCCAUGUGGAAAACGUCUUCCACCCCGUGGAGUGCUCCUAUUGCCACUGCGAGAGCAUGAUGGGCUUCCGGUACCGGUGCCAGCAGUGCCACAACUACCAGCUUUGCCAGAACUGCUUUUGGCGAGGCCACGCCAGUGGCCCCCACAGCAACCAGCACCAGAUGAAGGAGCACUCGUCUUGGAAAUCCCCUGCAAAGAAGCUGAGCCAUGCCAUUAGUAAAUCUUUGGGAUGUGUGCCCACGAGAGAGCCCCCGCACCCCAUCUUUCCCGAACAGCCGGAGAAGCCACUUGACCUGGCCAACAUCGUUCCUCCUCGCCCACUUCCCAACAUGAAUGAGACCGUGGGGAGCCACCUGUCUUCCGGGGCACCCACCCCCACCAAGAGGUUACAGUCUAGCCCGAAUGCAACCAGCCCCUUGGCAGACGAGCAUGCACUGAUAGCAUCCUACGUGGCCCGCCUACAGCACAAUGCACGCGUGCUGGACAGCCCUGGCCGCCUGGACGAGGAGCAUCGGCUGAUUGCACGCUAUGCUGCCCGGCUGGCUGCAGAAGCUGGGAACACGCCCCGUCCUCCCACUGACUUAAGCUUUAAUUUCGACGCCAACAAGCAACAAAGGCAGCUUAUUGCAGAACUGGAAAACAAAAACAGGGAGAUCCUGCAGGAGAUCCAGCGGCUACGGCUGGAGCACGAGCAGGCAUCCCAGCCCACCCCCGAGAAGGCCCAGCAGAACCCCACAUUGCUGGCAGAGCUGCGUCUAUUGAGGCAGCGGAAAGAUGAGCUGGAGCAGAGGAUGUCGGCACUGCAGGAGAGCCGGCGGGAGCUGAUGGUUCAGCUGGAAGGACUCAUGAAGCUGCUGAAGGAGGAGGAGCAAAAGCAGGCAGCCCAGGCCACAGGGUCACCUCCCACGUCGCCCAGUCACGGAGGUCGCCCCAUGCCCAUGCCUGUCCGCUCGGCCUCGGCCGGCUCCACCCCUACUCACGGUCCCCAGGAGCCCCUGAGUGGGGUUGGGGGAGACAUGCAGGAGGCCUUUGCACAAGGUCCCAGGAGGAACCUGCACAGUGACCUGCUGGUGGCCGCCGACUCCAUCACCGACACCGUGUCGUCCCUGGUGAAGGAGCUGCACUCAGGUGAGGCGCCGGGCGCCCCACCACGCCCCACGGACCACAGACACCUUUAGGUUAGCAGAAGUGCCCGAGGAGCAGAGACUUGCGAGCUUGUACGGACCAGGCGGACUGCGCCCUUCUGCCCGCAGCCACUCCUCACUGCAACUGGAGCACCCUGUACCACCCGGAUGGGGCGCUCAGGCCCUGGUAGGGGACGGAUCAGCUGCUGAGCCCCCCAACACCCAGUCCUGCAUGAACUCGCCUCAUCGGCUCCCCACAGGGCCGGAUUGUACCUUUUCUCCAAAAAAGAGAAAAGAAACCGCACGAAACUCC